AGACGCGGCUCUGACAGUACUGGACCAUCUCCGAGAAGAGCAGGGCGAAGGCGCUCAGGCUCACCUCGGUCUUUGGCCGCGUCAGGGGCCGCUCCAGGAUGCUGGACUUCCCUCGCGUGAACCUCGUGUCCAUUUUGACAGAUCUGGCUCCACCCCGUGGAUGAGAACCAUCAUCCCAAUGUUUGGUUGCACUGGUGCAUGAUGAAGUUGCUGAAGUCACCGUCAGGGUGGCAGCAGGUGGCGGUCCAUUUGCCCGGAUCAGACCAGGGAACCUGUGAGGUCUUUAAUGGGUGUGACUAUGGCUCCUAUCAGGACCUUUAUCAGCCCUCAUUAUAUUAAAGACACACCCGACCUUUGCCGUUUGCACUGUACUUUCAAACACUCCCACUUCCUGUUCUCGUGCCUGUCACGUGACUGCAUGGCAGCAUCUUCCAGAUACAGACUUGUUCCUGUCUGUGCGGCCCAGCACCCACGUCACCCAUGGUUUCUGGACUUCCUGGUUCGUGUUGCCUCAGACGGGAGUGCCAGUGAUUUGCACAGCGAUGCAGAGAGCAGUCCUGGCUGGGAUUAUUCCCACACAAGCAACCGGGUUAACGAAGCAUAUGAUGAGUGUACUUUGUUGCAGAAGCUGUGAAUUUCUGCCAAACAUCCUGGUGGAUUGCAUGGCAGGUCGUGUGGGGUUACAACAGGACCUUGAGGGGACGGAGCAACGGGCCUGAGCUGUUGCAGGGCAGCUGUUACACAACCACUGCUGACUGUGCACAAUAUAAAGGACAGACACAACAAGGUGACGGGCAUUAGAGCAUGAAGCAGCUCAGCAUGGAUGCAGGCGGCUGGAGACGGGCCCUGACCCUGGUUCUGGUGUUUGUCACUGCAAACACUCAAGCCUCACCUUCGCGCCGCAUGGCCGACUUCAUCGAGGCCGUGCGGCAGCUGGAGGACGGGGCCCCUGCACUGGAGCCGGUGGCUGUGCUGAGGAUGCUCCGCAGGGCAGCGGGUCCGAGCGACGCGCUGACUCAGCGCUUCCUUGGCCCCGUGGACUCCAGGGGUCCUGGGAUGGACGCUGGCCUGUCACAGUACGUCAGGGCGGCUGUGCAGCACAGAGUGACUGCAGGCAGCACGGAGGAAGGCGUGUUCCUCACCCCUGAUGGCACCACUGUGGCCCUGAGGCCGCUGCUCCUGGGCAUCGAGGCCGGUUUGCUCUCUCAGUCCCCAGGCAGCGUUCGAGGCCUCUACCAGCUGUGUCUGGCCCAGGACUUCAGCCUCGCUCUCAGCUCUGGUUCCGCUCUGCGUCUGGGACCUGACGGCUGCUGGGACAGCGUGACGUCUCCCCGGGUCUUCACUUUGACCGGCGCCCCCACUCCACUGACCACCGCUCAGGUCCACGGAGCCAUGGACGGGGUUCUUUUGGGCUUGGAGGUGUCGACCCGGCGUCCUCUGAAGCUCAGCGCUCUGUUGACAGACUACUACUGCCGCCGGCUGGACGCGGCCGGACUGGACGCUGCCCCGCGCCUCGUCAGCCGGCGGCGCAGGGAAAACUUCAGGGGCCUGCGCGCGGGUCCGAGGCUGGACAAACAGCUGGUGAAGGCAGUGGAGCUGCGGCGCAGACUCAAGGGUCGACCUAAGAUGGACGAGAAGGAGAAGAAGCGGCUGAAGUCUGUGGUGAAGGAAGGAAUCGAAGCUUUUCAGCAUGAGUACAUGGACUGCCCUCCCAUCAUCCCUCGGUGCAUGUGGGGUGCAGAGCCGUACAGAGGGACCCCCACCCGCCUUUCUCUCCCUCUGUCCUCCUUGUACAUCCACCACACUCACACCCCGAGCCAGCCCUGCCUCACGUUUGAGCAGUGCUCUGCAGACAUGCGCUCCAUGCAGCGCUUCCACCAGGAGGACCGAGGCUGGGACGACAUCGGAUACAGCUUUGUCGCCGGCUCUGACGGCUACGUGUACGAGGGCCGGGGCUGGCACUGGCAGGGGGCCCACACCCUGGGCCACAACUCCAGAGGCUACGGCGUCUCCUUCAUUGGCGACUACAUGGCUAGGCUGCCGUCCCAGCAUUCAGUGGGGCUGGUGAGAGACCAGCUGGCAUCCUGCGCCGUGGGUGGAGGGCGACUCGUCUCCAACUUCACCCUGCAGGGGCACAGACAGGUGGUGGACACGUCCUGCCCUGGAGACGCGCUCUACAAGGAGAUCACGAGCUGGAAACACUGGGGGGAGAAGAAGGAGGAGAAGGUCUGACAACCAGAGGAGCUGCAGAAACAGCUUCACACAAUCAACCGUGUAUCCCUGAGGUGCUGCUUGUGUUGUAUGUUGGAGGGUAUUUAUCCCAGCUUUAACUCUUAGGUUAGAGGAACCAGAGCCGAGGGGUCUCACACACGGUGGUGAAGGGAAAUACUUAUAAAUAAAACACCUGAAGUCUGCUUCAUAUCAAAACGCAAAAUAAAGCUGUAAUCGAUUAAUAACUUAGACGUGAUCAUACGUUAAUAGUGAGCAACAGCAAAUAAAGCAUUCUUUCAUAAAUAAA